AUGGCCAUAGACAUGCAGAUUAUUAGGCUCUAUCAGACAAACAAAAAUUCAUCAGUCAGUGGAACAUAUAUAACGGAAGAAGAUAGUGGUAGUCGCUCAUCAGAAGACCUACAGACUAAAACAGAAUCUUUGGAGCAAAGAUUACCUAGUGCUGAACAGGACACAAAAGAUAUAGGCCAUACUGGAACAGUUUUCGAAGACACUGAUUAUAAUGAAGGUCAAAAGGAGAAUGAUGUAACUGGAUCUAAACAUAAAGCAGGUGAUAUAUAUCCUACAGAAACUGGCUUUCAGAACAGUGGAUGUAUAACAGAUUCCAUAAAAGAUAUCGAUCAGCAAAACAUGCCACCUAGUAACAAUGAAAAGCCUGAUGAUAUGGAACAGACAGCUGAAAACAGACAAACUAUAGAAGAUUCUGUAGCACCACAAAAUAAAUACCAGAGAGAAAGCAACAAGGACACACCUGCUACAACCACUGAAUCAAAAGAUGGUUCUGAUUUCAGAGAAGAGAAUAUGCAAGCUAAAACUGAACCUGCUUUAAAUCCAAAUUUUACUCAAUCAGCUGUACGUUCAGAAAGUAACAAAGACACUGUAACUGAACAAGAUAAUAUACAGCACAGUGGAGAUGGGCUAAGAAAAAGGCAUCAAGUAGUCAAGUUGGAUUUAGAUAACAACAAACAGACAGCUCCUCAGAAAGAUGAACCCAUUGAGGAACUAAGAGCAACGUGUGUAGAAAAACAGCACACCAUAAGUAAACUAGCCUUAUUUGUUUCAGAAUUUUGCGAAAGUAUUUGGAAGUUGAUUGUACUCACCGAGUGUCAGAAGGGUAUGAGCGUUUCAAAAGUGUAUGCUUGCAGCGCAGGAGGCCGUCUUACAAUGGAUGUCUGGCGUGCGGUUAAACGAAGUAAGUUUAUAGGGAAAAAAUUAGCGGAGCUCACCAACUCGGCGUCCAAGAAUCACGUCUCCCCCUCCAGCGGCAUCCCGCGAGAGCUCCACAGGCGCAACCAAUUCCAACUACUGCGAUGCAAGAUGAGCUCAAUAGCUGCAGGCGCUCAGCCGGAGGAAUUAAGGGUUUCGUUAUUUGUCUUAGUCCUGGUUUUAUACUGUUUUGGAUCCACUCCAUCAUCUGACAGUACAUCUGUGAUGACAUUUUUAAAGGAGUUUAAAAAACUCAAAGCAGAAUUUCCUGGGCAAAAUGAAGCCCUGUGGCUGAGAAGCGGCAAAAUGCUGCAGAAGCACUUAAACAAGUCUCAGCCACUUGAACCUGCCACGCUGAUCCUUACAGCAGCCCAAGAUGGUGAACAUACACUACGUUGUUUAAGUAUCGGUUUAGCAGGUGCAUAUGCAACCUCUUUAAACUCCAGCUGGAAUGUGAUUGAUGGACCUAGCCAAGCAGCAUAUGACAGCACCACCACCAAACGGCAAGUCGAUGCGACUCUAAGCUCAGGUUUUGAGUCAAAGUGCAGAGCAGCUGUAUUGCAUCGCAUAGAAGAACUGGCUCCUGGAUCUCUGCUUAUCCUCUACAAAUACUGUGACCAUGAGAAUGCUGCGUUUAAGAAUGUGCCCCUGGUGCUCACGGUUCUUCUAAAACAAUCAACAUUAAAGUCAGACCAGACUCUUACAGAAGUGGAAGAACAAGUCAAAGAUUUCCUGUGGGAGAAAUGUACCAGCCAAGGCAGUGGCAAUUCUUAUAAUGAAAUGAAUGUAGAUAAAAUUAGUGGUGUGUGGAGUCGUAUUUCCCAUCUGGUGCUCCCAGUUUAUCCUGUACAAUCUUUAGAGUCAGGCAAUUGCCCUUGGAGCGAGUUGAAGAAGACACAGACUUGA